AAGAACUCUGUUCCUACGCUUCGAUCACACACAGUGUUAUAGAAGGCCGUCCUCACCUCUUCUCACACACCAACACGCAACAUCCAGCUUCACGAUGCCGGCCGAUUUCAAUGGAACGUGGGAGAUGGUCAGCAACGACAGCUUUGAGGAUGUCAUGAAGGCUCUGGAUAUCGACUUUGCCACCCGUAAGAUCGCAGUGCAUCUCAAGCAGACUAAAGUCAUUGUGCAGAACGGAGACAAAUUUGAGACGAAAACGCUCAGCACCUUCAGGAACUAUAAUGUUGAUUUUGUCAUCGGGCAGGAGUUUGAGGAGCACACGAAAGCCCUGGACAACAGAAUUGUUAAGACCCUGGUGAAGUGGGACGGCGAUAAACUGGUGUGUGUGCAAAAAGGAGAAAAGGAGAACCGUGGCUGGAGGCAGUGGAUUGAAGGAGACCUGCUUCACUUGGAGAUCCAUUGCCAGGACAAACUCUGCCAUCAAGUCUUCAAGAAGAAAAACUAAUGCUCAAUAAAUAACAGCAUAUUCACACCUGGUUUUGGUGUUAUGCUAUGUGUAUUUAUUAAAUCAAUUUUAAUAAACAGCUUCGACCAAAUACA